AUAUGUAGAGGUGGGACCCCACCUGGGGUGGAAUAUUAUUUUAAUCUCAAGGGAGGGGAAGGUAAGUUGUGACUAUAAAAUUGAAGGAAAAAUUUCUUGCCACCCACCUGAUAAUCAGAAAGUGCUGCUUCUACUUCUGUAAUGGAUAAUCUUUUGGGGCUGCUGAGGAUUCGGGUCAAGAGAGGCAUCAAUCUUGCUGUUCGUGAUGUCCGCAGCAGUGAUCCAUACGUUGUUAUCAAGAUGGGAAAGCAGAAGUUGAAGACCCGUGUUAUCAGAAAGGAUGUUAAUCCUGAAUGGAAUGAAGACUUGACACUUUCUGUUUCAGAUCCCGGUCGCCCAAUUUCUCUGACUGUGUUCGACCACGACACAUUCAGCAAAGAUGACAAGAUGGGAGAGGCUCAGUUCGACAUUGAACCAUUUAUCGAAGCGGUGAGGAUGAAACUUGAGGGACUUCCAGAUGGUACAGUAAUCACCAAAAUACAACCUUCAAGGAACAAUUGCCUCUCUGAAGAGAGUACUGUGGUCUGGAAAGAUGGACGGGUGGUGCAAGACAUGUGUCUCCGAUUGAAAAACGUCGAGUGUGGUGAAGUCGAAAUUCAACUGCAGUGGAUUGAGCUUCCGGGCUCUAAAGGUUUAUAGACAACGUGCUGCUGCUUCUUGUUAUCUUGGAGUUUAGCUCCGUAUUUCCAAGGGAUUUCUUUCAGUAGGUAAAAUUUACAGGUAUUCCUUGGAAUCGUGGCGUAAAUGUACUAGAUUCACUACUUAGAUUGUAAGAAGGGCAACUUCAGGCCUCCUAUUAUCAUAAUCACAGAGUGACGAUCUUGUAUUACUAUUCUUGAAUGGUUCCGUAAUUGUUUGGCGUGUAUCUAUACUAUUAUAAAGAAAAGAGGUGCGGCAGUUUUGACACUGCCGCACUAAAUUUUUGUA